GUCCCCCUCUUUUUUAACCAUUCACAGCUCUUUACAAAAUAUCUGCUCCUCUUAGUUUCCCUUUUUGUCCCUUGUUUAUUUGAUAUUUCCCCCUCAUGGCCGCCGCUGAUGUCGAGUUCCGGUGCUUCGUCGGAGGGCUCGCAUGGGCCACCGACGACCGGGCCCUAGAAGAAGCCUUCAGUGCGUUUGGUGAAAUCGUCGAAUCGAAGAUCAUUAAUGAUCGUGAGACUGGAAGAUCCCGAGGCUUUGGAUUCGUUACUUUCCGUGACGAGAAAGCUAUGAGGGACGCGAUCGAAGGAAUGAACGGUCAAAAUCUUGAUGGAAGGAACAUAACUGUCAACGAAGCCCAAUCGCGCAGAAGUGGGGGCGGUGGCGGAGGAUUUGGAGGAGGAAACGGUGGUUACAGCCGCGGUGGAGGCGGCGGUGGUGGAUAUGGUGGUCGCCAAGGAGGAUAUGGUGGCGGACGCCGUGAAGGUGGAUACGGAAACGGUGGAGGGUAUGGUGGAGGUGGAUACGGAGGUGGACGCCGUGAAGGAGGAUACGGUGACGGCGGAUCUCGUUACUCAAGAGGCGGCGGUGCAUCUGAAGGCAACUGGAGGUCUUAAGUUUAGGGUUUCAAAGUGGGCUUGGGCCUAUAUUGUUAUGGGUUUGGCUUGGGUUUGGUAGUUAGUAAUUCUAAAGUUUCUCUGUUACUGUUUGGUUUGGGUUCUCUCGUUUUUGAUCGAUGUUGUUACUGUUUUCUUAAAAGCAUAAAAAUGGAAUGAAGUAUCUUCUUUUCAA